AUGGUAAACUUGUCUCCUGAUGGUGUCAUACGAACUCUGGGAAGAGACCUGUCAAGAGAAAGGCUAUACGUUAGUGAGAACGAGAACGUUAGUGAGAACGAGAACGUUAGUGAGAACGAGGACGUUAGUGAGAACGAGGACGUUAGUGAGAACGAGAACGUUAGUGAGAACGAGAACGUUAGUGAGAACGAGGACGUUAGUGAGAACGAGAACGUUAGUGAGAACGAGAACGUUAGUGAGAACGAGGACGUUAGUGAGAACGAGGACGUUAGUGAGAACGAGGACGUUAGUGAGAACGAGAACGUUAGUGAGAACGAGAACGUUAGUGAGAACGAGGACGUUAGUGAGAACGAGAACGUUAGUGAGAACGAGAACGUUAGUGAGAACGAGAACGUUAGUGAGAACGAGAACGUUAGUGAGAACGAGGACGUUAGUGAGAACGAGGACGUUAGUGAGAACGAGAACGUUAGUGAGAACGAGGACGUUAGUGAGAACGAGGACGUUAGUGAGAACGAGGACGUUAGUGAGAACGAGGACGUUAGUGAGAACGAGGGUAAUUGUGAAUGA